UCUAGAUUUAAUAAUCUUCAUUUAAGAAAUCUUGUCAAGACAUGAGUUUCUACAGUGAUGCGUCCACAGAAGACACGGCCGACGAAUUGGACAGAUUGGGGUGGUACCACUAUGAGCUGUCCCGCCAUGCUGCAGAGGCCCUUCUCUUGUCCAAUGGGACUGAUGGGAGUUAUCUCCUGAGAAACAGUAAUGAGGGACCAGGAUGUUUCGCCCUGUCUGUCAGGGCGAAGGAUUCUGUCAAGCAUUUCCAUGUGAACCGCAGAGACAACACCUAUGUGUUUGGAUUUAACAAGUUUUCAACCCUUCAUGACUUUAUCCACCACUUUGCUAACCAACCUCUGCUGGGCAGUGACGCAGGAACACUCAUUGUGCUGAAGAGUCCGUACCCACGGCGUGUGGAGGAGCCGUCCAUCUACGAGUCUGUGCGAGUUCACACAGCAAUGCAGACGGGCCGCACAGAAAACGACCUGGUGCCAAACGCUCCAUCGCUAGGCACAAAGGAGGGCUACCUGGUGAAACAAGGAGCGAUUGUGAAGAACUGGAAACAGAGAUGGUUCACACUCAACAGACAUGAACUCAAAUACUUCAAAGACAAAAUGUGUCAGGAGCCCCUCCGGACCCUUGAUUUGAGAGCCUGCUCUGCAGUCCAGUUUGACUAUUCUCAGGACAAAGUCAACUGUUUCUGCCUGGUGUUUCCUGAAAGAACAUUUUAUUUUUGUGCAAAGACGGGUGUAGAGGCAGAUGAGUGGAUCAAGAUCCUGAGGUGGAAACUGUCUCAGAUAAAUAAAGGACGGUGACUGCUGGCAGUGAAGACCCUGCAGAUGGAAAGAAGCCACAGAUUCAUAGAAGAUGUCACAUCAGCUGGAUUAACAGUGAAAAACAGCAUCAUUCAAAACUGAAGACUCAACUGGAGCAUGAAUAACAUUUCCCUCAAUGUAGGGACUGGAGGCUAACUACUGGAACAGGAGGAAAUCUUUUGCUCUCUUAAUUACACACUGUAGUUUAUUUAUAUUUCCAGCAGCAGGAUGGUGUAUGUGGGUGUGAGGAAGCAUCAACUCCCUCACUAGCUGUUGCUUAAACCCCCUUUUUUUCUUUAGCAAAGUGCACAGUCGCAUACACAGUUUUCUUUGUUUCCUUUAUUUUGUAUGAAAUGGUUACAGGAUAAAUUUAGAAAUACAAAUUAUUUACUUUGCAUAAAGCUCAGUUAAGUGAAAGCCAUAACCUGUCCUUUGAGUCCUUUGUGGAGGCCGUUUUGUGCUGGUGCUUAAAGAGGAAGCAUGCUUCAGUUACAGCCUUUUAUGAUGUAUGUGAGUAGGUUGGUACUUGCAUCUGAUUGGUCAAAGGAUGUAUAAUGAAAAUGACAGCUAAUUGAGAUAAAUCUUAAAUGAUAAAGAAAUUAUUUACUUAAUUUGAAUGUAUAACAUUAAUGAUACAUAUUGAAGAAAUUAAGUGGGGUUUGCUGGUGUGAGCAAACUAAGAAUAACUAUGUAUAUUUCUGUUUAACCUUGUCACCUCUCAUGUUAUAGUGCUGACCUGACCUGAUAGGCCAGUUUGAACUAUCAAGGCGGGCUCUCAUAUUACAUAUAUGAGUGACAUGACAGAGGCAGAGGCUGAUAGAGGGAGAGCGGUGUCUGAACUGUUUGAGCUGUGACCAGUUUUUUUACUCAUAUUUUAUUUUGUCUUGUUCUAUUUUUUUUUUAGGCUGAAAAUAAAAGUGCAGCUGAUUAUUUUUUUUGUUUAAAUCAGUACUUGUAAUGUAUCUGUUUUUAUCUUGCAUAUUUAAAAACAUUUUUACAUUCUGGAGAUUGACAAUGUGUUGGUUCUGGUGUAUUAUCAGUCGGUAAUUUACUUUUUCUCCACAUUUCUUUUAAUAUAAAGCAUAUUUUGAUUUGUUUUCCUCACAUCUGGUACCGUUAACUUUUAUGUUAUUUACAUUAUGUAUAUUAUGUUUACUUUAUGUUUCUGUGUUGUUUUUUUUGGAAAGAGGCUUAUCUGAACCCUAGCCCUAAAACAGUUCCAUUCUUUGUUGGUUUGAGUCUGCAUGUGGGAUAUGUUGUCAGUAAGCAAACAAUAACAUAUUAACAAUCCCGUCUUUUGUUGAUUGCCCAGCAUUUGGUUCUGUCCAGUGAAAUUGAAGCCUCUGAAUUACAUUUCAGGGUUUUUUCAUGUGAUUGAGUAUUUAUCUUCGUGUAAAUACUUGGGAUUAUUAAUUUAAACUCUCUCUUUAAGCCUUACAUUCAGCAACUUGUGAAGAAGUUGAAGUUUGGGCUGGUUUUAAUUUCAGAAAUAAGUCUUGCUUUCUUUUUUAAUGCAAAAAAGAGACACGUUGCUGCUAAUUUUAUGUUGUUAUCGACUAUGGUGAUGUUUUAUAUGUGCAUGUAUCUUCUCAAUGGCUUCACUCCUCACUAUAUAUACUGUAUAGCACAAAGCUUUGUUCCCACUUUGCUCCUGAUGAUUGGCCUGCAUUGUCCAUUCGUAGACUACGGAAGAGGAUUAGGUCCAGGUAGGAGAAAAAAAUAAUAUGAGGAAGAAAUAAA